CGCGCGCGCGCACUCCAUCUCGCUCGAUUAUGUUCGGUGUGCCUCGGCGGCAGCUUUUGAUUUGGUGCUUGCGGUUUUUCGGAUUUGGCUGCGUUGCGCUUCCUCUGCUUGCCGCCUUGGCCUUUGGAGUCGAGGUUUUUAGCCGUUGCAAUGGCAGCAGUGUUAUGCUGAGCAUUCAUUUACUCCAUACAGUCUAAAAUUUGUCCAUAAGCAUGGGAGAUAGUGAAAUGCUGAUUGCCCAAACAUCUAGUGCAAUGGGAUAUUCAACUGCUGGGCACAAUUCUAUUGCUAAUGUUGAUGGGGCUUCGAAUAUCAUCCAGGAAGCUAAUGCCGUCAGUGGGGUUACAGGAGAUUUUCCAGCAUCUACAACUUCAGCUAACGCUCUCAAUAUGGAUUUAAAUGCUACUACUCAGGGACCAUAUGUGAAUAAGACAUACGAGGGUAAACCAACUGUUGGGAUGGCUACUAUAGAUCAGGGCGUUGCCAACUUUGAGAAUGCAGGAGUUGUUUCGUCUGGAGCUUCUGCUUAUGAUUCCUUUGCCAAUGGUAGUAUUACUGGUGAAGCUGUGUCUGCUGAGAAUGGCGACGGUUCUCAUGAUGCAGGCGCAAGUGCAGCAGAGCCACUGUUAGAAGAUGGGUCUGUGCUUGCUAUGUCUGCGGAAGAAGAUCGGUUAUGGAGCAUUGUGAGGACGAAUUCUCUGGAUUUUGACGCUUGGGUUGCUUUGAUCGAAGAGACAGAGAAGGUUGCUGAGGGAAAUUUAUUGAAAAUUCGGAGAGUCUAUGAUGCCUUUUUGGCAGAAUUUCCACUGUGCUAUGGUUACUGGAAGAAGUAUGCAGAGCACGAGGCGACCAGCUCUACUGAAAAAGCUGUGGAGGUUUAUGAGAGAGCUGUGCUGGGGGUGACUUACUCUGUUGACAUCUGGUUGCACUAUUGCCGAUUUGCCAUCAGCAAGUAUGAAGAUCCAGAGGUCAUAAGAAGGCUCUUUGAACGGGGAUUGGCUUAUGUUGGAACUGAUUACCUCUCUUAUUCUCUUUGGGAUGAAUACAUAGAAUAUGAGUAUAGACAGCAGGAUUGGUGCCGUAUAGCAAUGAUCUACACAAGGAUAUUUGAGAGUCCAAUUCUGUACCUGGAUAAGUACUAUAACAGCUUCAAGGAAUUGGCUGCCAAUCGGCCUCUAUCCGAGUUAAGGACUGCUGAGGAAGCAGCAGCAGCAGCCAGUUCAGUAUCAGAGGUUAUUGACCAAUUGAAUGAAGGGGAAGUUCCUCCUGAUGCUAGUGGACAGUCUCCUAAACUUGUAAGUGCUGGCUUAACAGAAGCAGAGGAGUUGGAGAAGUAUAUCGCCAUUAGAGAAGAGAUGUAUAAGAAAGCUAAAGAGUUCGAUUCUAAGAUCGCUGGUUUUGAAACAGCUAUUGGGAGGCCCUACUUUCAUGUGAAGCCCCUGAAUGUUGCAGAACUUGAAAAUUGGCAUAACUAUCUGAAUUUUAUAGAAAGAGAAGGUGACUUUAGCAAGGUGUCUACUUAUCUUCCUAACCAUCUGUCUGUCAGGCAAGGAGGUUCCCUCCUUUCCUAUUUGAGGGGCCUCUCUAUUCCGCAACGGAGUACUUCUUAUGCAUAUCUCCCCGUGCUUUGUGUUAUUUGUCUAUUUCUCUGGUGUAGCAUGCCACAGCGUGAUGAUAUUAUAAUAUUUUGUGUGUAUCAGGUGGUAAAGUUGUAUGAAAGAUGUCUAAUAGCAUGUGCCAAUUACCCGGAGUAUUGGAUAAGAUAUGUUAAAAGCAUGGAAGCACAUGGAAGUAUGGAUCUUGCAGAAAACGCACUUAUCCGUGCUACUCAAGUUUUCGUUAAGAGACAACCGGAGAUCCACCUUUUUGCAGCUUGGUUUAAGGAACAUAAUGGUGACAUACUGGCUGCUCGAGCUGCUUAUGAACUGGUCCACACUGAAAUUUCACCAGGUCUUCUUGAGGCCAUAAUAAAGCAUGCCAAUAUGGAAAGAAGGCUGGGGAACUUGGAUGAUGCUUUGGCGGUAUAUGAACAGGCGAUUGCUAUUGAGAAAGGAAAGGAACACUCACAAGCUUUACCAGUGUUGUUUGCUCAGUAUGCGCGUUUUCUGUACUUGGCCACGGGAAAAGUGGAAAAAGCUAGGGAAGUUCUAGAUGAGGCUCCUGAACAUGUCCAGUUGUCAAAGCCAUUUCUUGAGAUCUUAAUCUUUAUGGAGGCAGUGAUGCCAUUGCCGAAAAGAAUUGAUCGCUUAGAUACCUUGGUCGAGAAGUUCAUUAUUCCCAACACUGACAGCCCUAAUACUGCAAGUAUAGCUGAGAGAGAGGAUGUAUCUACCAUUUUUUUGGAGUUUGUGGAUUUAGUGGGAGAUGCACAGGCUAUAAAGAAGGCUCAUGAUAGACAUCUUAAGAUCUUCCUGCACAAUAGGAUGGCUUCGCAGUUGAAAAAGCGUCAGGCGGAGGAUGUUCUAGCUUCAGACAAAUCUAAGCUAAUGAAACCCGAUGCUUCUGUUCCUUCAUCUGUCCAGUCUUUGAUGGGUGCAUAUCCAGGUGUACAGAACCAGUGGACAGCUGGUUAUGGUGUACAACCACAAACUUGGCCGCAUGUUACCCAAGCACCAGCGCAACAAUGGAACCCCGCCUAUGCCCAGCAGACGGCUGCAUAUGGUGGUUACACGGCGAGCUAUGCCACUCCGCAAGUAUCAACAUCGGUGGCACAAACUGCCUCAUAUGGGGCUUAUCCUCCAACUUAUCCUGCGCAGGCCGCUCCACAGCAGAGUUAUGCACAACCAGCUGCCACAGCCGCAACAGCCCCAUCUCAGCAAGCAGCGUCGGUGCCUCAGGCUUAUUAUGGGACUUACUACUGAACAGGGAUAGCAGGCAGCAUCCUUGUUUGCAUGAUUGUUGUAUAGAACACUCAUCCCUAGGACUCACGAGAAUUACUUAACCUGUGGUUUUUUGAACCCAGCGAGGGGGGGAGCUAACGAUGUCGAUGGUGGAGCAGAAGAGCGAACCCUUGUUUUUGGUCAUGUUGGAUCUGAAUGAUUGCUGCUGUAUGGUCAUGGUCUUUUGACAGCGGUAUCUGAGUUAGGCUGUCCUUCGAUAUUUGUGGGGGAUGGAUAGUCGUUCCUCUUGUUUUCUUUCUUCUUUCCCGGAUCUUUUUAGGUACUCUACUAGUUUCCGUGUUUCUGUUUCUUUCACAUUUUAUGAUUAUAGUAGUGUAUUUGGUCCAAAAA